ACUUCAACUUUGGGCUCCCAAGUUUAAGAAAUCAGAAUUAAAACGCACACUGCACGAGAAAGCAAUCACACUUUUAAUUCUUGUGUAAGUGGAAGGUUUUCCCGUUUUUCUUGGCAAAAGUUACUUAUACCAUGAGGGCUAUAUUAGGAACAUUUCUUUUUACAAUAAUUUAAGCCUCUCCUGAUUGCUCUUCUAGCUCAAAUAUGUGUAUUUCAGUGAGGAGAAAUUCUUUUGUAUGAUUUCAACUUGAUUCUUGUGUAGUAAUACCAUAAAAUAAAUAGCCUACCCAAGCAACGAGUAUCAUGAUAGGGUUUUUGAAGUGGUUGAUGCAAUAUUUUUGGUUACAAUUAUUUCAGUGCAAUAGGAACAAGUAAUUGAAGAAAUCGCCCAAAAACCAAGUUGUACAUAAAUCAUGCCAGUAGUGGUAGCUAAGCUGGAUGUGCUACAUAUAUGACCCUUAAAUCCUUGGAAUCGCUUUUGAAAUCUAGUCAUCGUCAUUGUAAAUUCGGGGGGCUGAGUGGAUGGUCAUCAAGCUCAGAAAUUUCUUAUUUUAUUGUAAUGAUACCGACAACUCAGACGAGAAACGCCACAGUAGCCUCGCAGAAGCCACCUGAAUCUUAUCUUGUCAAUCAUUCUCAUACGACAUUGCUAUAUAGUGGAAAAUCACAUUUUUCAUCACUUUUUCCCAAAGUCUUGGCAGGAAGCGUUGUAGCUCCCAGUAUCGCACCACCAUCGUCUGAACCACGACCAGCGUUUGCCCACGUUCAAAUGGAGCACAUGUUGGCUGGUGUAGCUGGUGGAGUCGUUUCUACGCUUCUCUUGCAUCCUCUUGAUCUUGUAAAAAUUCGAUUCGCUGUUAAUGAUGGCCUCAGCUCUAGACCAAAAUAUGAUGGUUUAUUCCAUGCUUUCAAGUCCAUUCUCAAGGAUGAAGGGUUUCGUGGACUUUACAGAGGUGUUACUCCUAACGUUUGGGGAGCUGGUAGUGCCUGGGGACUAUAUUUUUUGUUUUAUAACUCGUUAAAAUCAUGGUGGCAAGGAGGAGACUCAAAAACCAACCUUGGACCCACAAAGCAUAUGAUCAUAGCGACAGAAGCUGGUUUUCUGACGCUGAUGUUUACAAAUCCCAUUUGGGUAGUAAAAACUCGUUUAUGUUUACAAUAUGGUACUGGACCUCCGACGGUAGCCCCAGCAAUUGCAGGGGCCCCAAUUGCUGCUACUUAUUACAAUGGCAUGGCUGAUGCAUUGGUGAAAGUUUAUAAAAUGGAAGGAAUUCGGGGACUGUACAAAGGCUUAAUUCCUGGAAUGUUUGGCGUUUCUCACGGGGCCAUUCAGUUCAUGACCUACGAGGAAAUGAAGACAAUGUAUAACACGUACAGAAACAUGCCAAUUGAUUCAAAAUUGGCAACGUCAGAAUAUCUGAGUUUUGCAGCAAUUUCCAAGUUAAUCGCAGCAGCUAGUACUUACCCAUAUCAGGUUGUACGUGCACGACUCCAGGAUCAGCAUCGUGUUUAUGAAGGAGUAAUUGAUGUCAUGCGACAAACAUGGAGGAAUGAGGGCCUCCGAGGAUACUAUAAAGGGCUGCUCCCAAAUCUUAUCCGAGUUGUCCCCGCUACAGCCAUUACAUUCGUCGUGUAUGAAGAGACAUCAACGUACUUAAAGUCCUUGCGGAAAACUGCAACGAUGGCGCCCAUUGGACCUACGACUUCUACUACGUCAUAAAAUGUGUGUCAUUUGUCCAACAACCUCUCCUUGAUAUUAUCAAAAUUUAUAUUCUUGAAGAUUCUAGUCCAUAUUUUGCAUUACUCUUGUUGACCUAUCUGAGAAUUUUUAGAAUUUUGAAUAAAAAGUCAAAGUUAUUUAGUA